AUGUCCGCACGGCAGAGACUCCCGGGCUGCCGUUCGCUGCACAUCAACGAGGAUAACGGGCGUUUCGUGCUGCUGGCGCUGCUCAUCCUCACAUACCUUCUGUGCGGCGCUGCGGUCUUCUCAGCUAUCGAGCGGCCGUCGGAGGUGCGAGCCCGAGCGCGCUGGAAUCGCACACUGCUCAACUUCAGCGACGCUUUCAACAUCAGCGUUCACGAACUAAGCUCCUUCCUGCGCGAGUACGAAACCGCUGCGGCUGCCGGAAUCCGGGCCGAUGCCCUACGACCGCGAUGGGAUUUUACGGGGGCGUUUUACUUUGUGGCAACGGUUGUGUCAACUAUCGGUUUUGGGAUGACAACCCCAGUGACGGUAGCUGGCAAAGUGUUUCUGAUCUUCUAUGGUCUCCUUGGGUGUGCGGCCACUAUUCUAUUCUUUAACCUUUUCCUAGAACGUAUCAUCACCCUCUUAGCUGUGGUGAUGAAAGCUUUUAGGCUUCAUCGUUUGCGCACUAGUGGCCUUCUCCCACCAGGAAUCUGCCAGGACUUCGCAGCCAGCACUCUUCCAGGUUGGAAACCCUCUGUCUAUCAUGUGAUGCUGAUCCUGGGUCUGUCAGCUAUCAUCAUCUCCUGCUGCGCCUCAGCCAUGUAUACCCCAAUAGAAGGCUGGGCCUACCUCGACUCCCUCUAUUUCUGCUUUGUCACAUUCAGCACUAUAGGUUUUGGAGACCUAGUGAGCAGCCAGAACAAAGCUUACAGCUACCAGGGCCUGUACCGGUUGGCCAACUUUCUUUUAAUCCUGACAGGUGUCUGCUGCAUCUACUCGCUCUUCAAUGUGAUUUCCAUUGUAAUCAAGCAGGUGCUCAACUGGAUGCUGAGCAAAAUGAGUUGCCUUUGCUGCCAGCGCUGCAACAAGGCUAGUGCUUUCUUAGGGCGGCGAAAUGCCAUCCGUCCUGGAACACGGCUCAAACAGGGCCAUUUUGGGUACACAUAUGACUCUGAAGGGCCUUGUGACAAUGACCGGGAGAGCAGAAGGCUAUCUGGUGAGAUGAUCUCCAUGCGGGAUUUGGCAGGCUCAAACAAAAUAUCACUGGCCAUUAUGCAGAAACAGCUCUCAGAGUCUGCAAAUGGGUACCCCAGGACAGUUUGUGGAAGCUCAAGACUCAAUGGUUUCUCUGGGGGAGUUGGUGCUUUGGGCAUCAUGAACAACAGACUGGCAGAGACAAGUGACUCUAGGUAA